CGGCGUUCCUGUGCGUAUACCUUCGACCAACUGGUUUAACUAUUUAGCUGCCUCUCAGAUUUGGAAAUUAGUCAUUGUAAAGAAACACUUUACAAAGAGACAGAAGACUUUGGGGAUAACCGUGAUCAAGCAGAGAUUGAUCCAUCUGUGGGCCAAUAGGAGCGCAGAAUUAAAAAAAGGAGUCCAGCUCACAGAAGACUGCCCGCUGUUGUCUAUACAGAACAUCCCUGCGAGGCUCACUCUCUCUCUCUCUCUCUCUCACACACACACACUCACACACUCUCGCUCUCUCUGACUCACACACCCUCUUAAUGAGCCGCACUUCCUCCAUGCCCAUGCUGCUCACGCUGGCACUCCUGGCGCUGGUCGCCCGGCACACGGCUGCCCUCUUCCUGCCCGACUCCCCGGAACUGCGCCAGCUGAUGAGCCGCCUUCAGAGCGAGGCCGACAGCGACAAUGCCAACGCCGCCGCCGCCGCCCAGAACCACACGCGCCACCGCCGCGCCAUCCCCUGGUCCGACCGCGACGAGAUCCUCAAGCUGCACAACAAGCUGCGCGGGGCCGUCUACCCCACUGCCUCCAAUAUGGAGUACAUGGUCUGGGAUGAGCAGCUGGAGCGCUCCGCCACUCAUUGGGCACACCAGUGCAUAUGGGACCACGGGCCCACAGAUCUCCUCAUGUCCAUCGGGCAGAACCUGGCAGUGCACUGGGGCAGGUACCGCUCGCCAGCCUACCACGUGCAGGCCUGGUACGAUGAGGUCAAGGACUACACCUACCCCUACCCUCACGAGUGCAACCCCUGGUGCCCUGACCGCUGUUCUGGACCUAUGUGCACCCACUACACCCAGCUGGUCUGGGCGACUACAACCCGAGUGGGAUGUGCCGUGCACACAUGCUCCCGGAUGAACGUGUGGGGAGAGAUCUGGGAGAACGCCGUCUACCUCGUGUGCAACUACUCCCCCAAGGGGAACUGGAUCGGAGAGGCCCCCUACCAACAUGGCCGCCCUUGCUCCAAGUGCCCACCCAGCUAUGGAGGAGGGUGCAGAGACAACCUCUGCUAUAAGGGAGACAGCCAGCGUCCUGAGACAGAAGACAUGAACGAGGUGGAGAGACAACAGGUGCCCAUCCAGCCCCGCGUCACCACCACCAGACCCAAGCCCAGGCCCAGACCCACCCCUGCCAGGAGACCUGCGGUCAAGCCCUCCACCCCAAGAUCCACACAGUUCCUGGCCCAGAAUAUUAAAUGUGAGACUAAGAUGAGAGACAAAUGCAGAGGAUCUACCUGCAACAGGUAUAAGUGCCCUGCUAACUGCUUGAACAAGAAGGGGAAAGUAUGGGGAACACUGUAUUAUGAUGUGCAAUCAAGCAUUUGCCGUGCUGCAAUGCAUUAUGGGGUCAUCGACAAUAGUGGCGGUGUAGUGGACAUUACCAGGAAGGACAGGCUACCAUUCUUCGUCAAGUCAACAAAGAAUGGCAUUGAAUCUUUCAGCAAAUACAAACCUUCCAAUGCCUUUGUUGUGGCAAGGGUAGAGAGGCAAUCGGUGGACUGCUAUGCCACAGUAGCAGAGAUAUGUCCAUACAAGAAGCCCUACACCAACUGCCCCAGGGUAUACUGUCCAGCGCGCUGCAGGAACCAGCCGUCCUACUGGGCCCCGGUGGUUGGAAACAGCAUGUACGCCGACAGCUCCAGCAUCUGCAGAGCGGCCAUCCACGCCGGGGUGAUCAAGGACGACGGAGGCCACGUGGACAUCCUGGCCCUGGAGAGGAAGAAGAGCUACGUGGGAGCUCUGAAGAACAGCAUCCAGUCAGACAGUAAGAGCAGUCAUGACGGAGGCUCAUUCCGUGUCUUCUCUGUGCGAGAGUGACAGCACACAUACGGAACCUCCUAUCCGUCCCCCCAAACAGCGUUUGGACACUCUGAGGCCCUCUGGACAGAAAGUGACCAUAUGCUGUGUGCCACCAUAGCAGGCAUCACUAUCUGGCCUCCGUCCACUCGAGGGGGAAUGGGACCCUUGUACAGGAUAAAUGGAUUCCACUCCUAGUCAAACAAGUGCACUUUUUUACAUUCGAGACAAGAGAUCGGCCAACUCACGGAAGCGACCAAACAAGGAAGGUUCCGCCAUCACUCCCUCACUCGUAUAGACUGCAGAUGUUUAUAUUUCUGAAAAGGUUUAGUCGUACACAUAGUUGAUACAGAUUCUGUGUGAUUGCAAUCACAUUUUAACAGCAGUGCUGGUUUUUAUAUGUCAUAAAAUAUGUCAACCUGAAAUCAAAUAAUAAUAAUAAUUAUUUUUUUUGUUUUUCAAAUGAUUUUUUCUGUCAUUUUUAUAAAAUUAUGUUUGUUCAUUUUAUAAAUUGAACUCUAAAUUGUUGAUGAUCACCAUACACGGGAAUGUAUAUUGAUCACUCCGUAUUUAAUCAUUUUGUACAGACUUUUUUAUUUGAAGAAAAAUCUUGUUAAGCUUUACAUCGUCAUUUCAGCUUUGUUAUUCAUGCUUUUUUAUUUGCCUAGAGAUCUAAAAAGUCCCUGCCAUUCUGGUUUAGCUGUGUGUGUGUGUAUGUGUGUGUGUGUGUGUGUGUGUGUGUGUGUGUGUGUGUGUGUGUGUGUGUGUGUGUGUGUGUGUGUGUGUGUGUGUGUGUGUGUGUGUGUGCGUGUGUGUUUGCGUUUGAGAUAGUGAGAGAGAGUGUGUGUGUGUGAGUGUGUGAGUGUGUGAGUGUGUGAGUGGGUCUGUGUUUGGCUGGGCGGAGGAGCCUAGUCGUGGACAGACGGAUGCGUUGAGUAGGUAGAGGAGAAGCAGAAAAGAGAGGGGGAGGGAGAGGCACACCUCCAAGGAAAAGAAACCCUUCCUGAACAACCCUUCCAUCCCUUCCAGAAUCAAUAGUGUGCAGACAUCUUAGUAAAGGUGCAAAAACAUUGUAACAGUGUUUCUCCCCCUUUGAGGCUCCGGGUGCGUGCACAGACAGAGAGUGUCCAGUGUGCUGCUGCUCUCACAGAACCCCUCUAAUCAAAGAUUAUUGUUCCAAACUACAUUUACAAAAGAUCACAGCCAAGCAUGUCACACUCUACCCUGCUCACUCGGUGAAAUACAAUCGUAUAGUAAUUACAGCAAAUGUUUAUUUCUCCCACCUGAACUAGUGAAAUGUACGAGAUCUUUUCUUCUCUCACAGUAAUGUAGUAUAUGUCAAAUCCAGAGUUCGUUUCUCCCAAGAGUAAUUUAAGUGAAACUUACAUUAUGUUCCAGGCACCAGGAAAAUGAUUUAUAUGACAAAUGGGUAUGCCUGAUCCGUAAAUCUCUACCGCAUAGCACAGUAAUAAGAUAAUAGUAAUUAUGCGGGAGGUCUGAGCUGGUCAGACCGCUGACUCAAACCUUUGCUAGUCUACACUCUCUGUCUUGUAGGCCACUUUGUAAACGAAAGCUAAAAUAUGCAAACAUGUCAGUAUGUAGGUUCACAUGCCUGUAAUGAACUCAAUGCCAGUUGAACUCACCAUGCUGCUUGCUGUGUGUCUCUUUCCUUUUUGUAUUGGCUACCUCAGUCCUGUCGCAGCGUUUCAUUUCAAAUUGAACAUUUUGUUUGAGGGGGGGACAAUCUUGGGGUUUUUUUGUACAGCGAUGGGAAUUGUUUACUGUAAAUACUUUUUGUGUUUUAUAAAAAUUGUCUUCUUUGAUGUAAAGCUAUCUUUCUAUGUUGUGUAAUGGGAUAUCUAUGUCUGGCUUUAUACAGACAAUGGAGGGUUUUGUAUUUUUUGCACAAUUUGGAACAAAAAUAAAGUUGUGAUAAAUGAG